AAAACCUUUAUAAAUAGCUCUUUCAUUCUAUAAUAGUUUAUUGAUAACGAUACAGUAGUAAAUAGUAAAACAUUGAUAUCUUCGAAAACACCUUUUUUUCUGUAACAUCACUUUCUUUUAUGCUGCACGAGCUAGAUCGAAGAUUUAGUAUGCCUUAUUUCGAUUGUCUCAGACCCAGAGAAUAGAUACUACUCGCAGCCUUCAUGGUAAUUGAGGUGAUAGCCAGUUUAUCAGCAUGUAAUCAAUAAAAAGCAAUAAAUCACAUGUAACUGCUGAUAAGCUAAGGCUAGAAUUUCAUUAACACAGAAUUUAAUCUAAAAACACGUUUUAGUGUAUUCUAUUUUUCUUUCUGAACAUCCUUUAUAAUUUACAAGCAAAAUGGUCUUUAAGAUGUCUUUUUAUAUGACAUUUAUUUGAUAAUGAAUGCAGUGCAAAUCUACAUUUUUGUUUUUGUGAAAGGUGAUACUAAUGUUUAGCAGUAACCAUUCUACUGCUACAGAUAAACUAGACGGCAGCAAGCAUCUGUCAGAGAUAAUUAGAUAGCUGCUGUGCUUAAUGACCAUUUUAUCGGUCUCUCGUCAGUAAAUCAAAUGCAUCAUUUAAUAUGUAUAACAAUAUUCAGCUUAUCAAAACUACUAAUUAAAAGACGUUGCAAAAAAAAAUCUACUCUGAAAACAUUUUAUAGUUUGAGAUAAUAUAAGAAUCGUUGAUUUCAUCUUUCAGCCGCUAUAAAUUGCAGUAAAUAAAAACAGGAAUAGGAGUAUUUCUUCACUACCUGCCUAAGUAAAGCAAUUUAUUUUUUAACGUAUAUGAAAUACACUAUGUUCACUUUUUAUGUCUCACGUCGAGGUGUUUUUGCCAAAAAAAAAAUAUCAGAAAUGGAAAAUUCCUUGCGGAAUACCGUGGCGUUUUAUCCAAAGCUGACGACGUGAAAGACAAAGAUACAAACUACACAUAUUUCUUUGACUUUAAUGGUGUCAAGUACUGCAUUGAUGCCUCAGAGGUACCAAAACUGUAUCAACCAUCGUUAGGACGGCUAGUAAAUCAUGCAGACAACAAACAACAGAGAAAUUCAAGAAUAACAGUCAUUGGUGUGAAUGGGGUUCCUCAUCUUGUACUGUUUGCGACUAGAUUUGACUUGUAAUGAAAACUGCGACGAUGAGCCAGUUCAGUCUCCUGUAGAAUGCAGAGCGUGUGAAUACCAAAGGAAGGUCUGUAGUUCGAUUGGUCAUGAGAACAACAACAGUGGUGUAACAUCGGCUUCCAAACGCAAAGCAGAAUCUCCAGUACAAACAGGCAAAAAGAUCAAGGUCGUUCCUUGGACAGAGAAGCAGUUAGCGGCCAUGCGAAGGUCAUUCGCCAAAAAUAUCCGCUGCUUAAGAGUUCCUAACAAGGAGGAAUGCGGACGAGCAAGGAAAAAUGAGAGCCUGUUGCUUUCUCGUGACUGGAAGAACAUCAAAUUCCGUGACCAUGAUGAAAUACAAAGAUUAAAGAAAAAAAAAGUUAACAGAAAAAGAAACAUUCGUUAAACUUGCAAUGAAAUCUAACAGACAUAUAUUUUCAAAAUGUAAAAAUGUUUAUGUGUGUUUUUUUUUUACAUAAAGUCCCCAGACACUCGUUCAUGUACAGUAUUGUUUUUGCUGGAUGUUCAUAUUAAGAGGUCAUGAAAUAUCGACAAAUUACUAUCACGGGUUCGUUCAUGACAAAAAUAAUAAAUUGAAAUAAAAGUAUUGUAGUUCUUCAAUUGAGGUUGUCGUUCUUAAUGAAAGCUAAAGAUUUAUCCAUUCUUCUAAGUUAUACCUCUCAAACAAUUCAUUCUUGCAGAAUUUGUACAGAACUUUUGUUUAAGUUUAGUCCAUUAUCAUUCAUUUUCAUUUAUUUACGAUAUAUACGUGUUCGCGGUCCGAAUACAUCUAUUCAUCCUUUGCACUGUGUUUUCUACCCAGGUGCCCGCUCGUGAUAUUGCAGAAAAAUGUGUCUUUCACUUAUCUAAAAGCUUUGUUUAAUGCUUGCAGAAUACUGUAUAUAACAUUUGUCUAAGAUUGAAACCGAAUGUGCAUUUCAGUGUUACAAAAUAAAGCAUGAAAAAAGUACACUUUUGGCAACUUACUGAAGUUGAAAAUUCAGUAUAGAUUGAACACAAUAAUUUGAUUUUAUCCAGUAUAUUAUAUUCAAAUAAUGGUGAUUGCAUAAAUACGAGAAAACCAUUUUCCCAUUCUUUUUGUAAAUACAAAAAUGUAUUCUAAAUUAAUAUAAGGAUCACCUUCAUCAAUAUGAAUUUCAUAAUAAUUAUGAUAUUGGAAAAUAUUGUUUGUCAACACAAAGAAAUCAUUGAGUUUUCACUAUAACUGUGUUUUAUUAUCAUUAUUAUUUGUAAUAAUAUUACUAUAUAUUUUAUUAUUUUAUUUGUAAUGUUACAUUAUUAUUGUUAUCUAUAUAAUAUCAAAAUAAUAGUAAUUAUCAUUAUGACCGGUAUUCCACAUUGAAGGAAAAUUAAUUUCUUUCAACUCCACUGCAUACAUCCUCAUGGUCUAGUUGGGACCCUGCUGAGCUAAUUGCCCUUUAAUUAGCUACUGUUACAUAAUCGCUGAUAUGCAGCAGAUAAGAUGGGAGUUGUUCAUUGGAUUGUGGGGGACACUUAUAUAGUAGUGGAUCUAGGCCUUUAAAUACUAUUGUGUUGAAUGAUCCCUUAGUCAUUACCCUUUACCUGUAUCAAAUAGUAUGCACACUCGCACAUGUGAAGCCAUAUGACCGUGUGGACACCUACCAUAUAAGGCUGGUGUCCACAACGACUAAUUGGUGUCCAUAUUGUGGGUUACACCUUCUUCAUUUAUAUUGGCUAUUUUCAGUAAAUCAUAGAAUGAGUAGCCUCAAUAAUAAGAUAGAGUAAGAAAAUUAUCAAUUCUGUUUGAAUAAUACCAUUAGAAAGUAAAGUGUCCACAGUG